AUGACCUGGUUCACCACCAUGGGGAUGUUCAUCAUCGAUGAAAUCCACUUUGGAACUCACUCGGUAUACGACAUUGUUGGAGGAGCGGGAACUUACGGGGUUCUUGGAGCGCGUUUCUUUGCCAAACAAGACAAGGCCAAGGACAUUGGAUGGAUUGUGGACGCUGGAAACGACUUUCCGCAGUCGGUAGAGGAACAGAUUACAAGCUGGGACACAGGUUUAGUCAUGCGAAGAGAUCCGAGUAGAAAAACCACCAGGGGAUGGAACUCUUAUGGAGAUAACGACCUUCGAAGCUUCAAGUAUCUGACACCAAAGAAACGGAUAGAGGUGUCGGAUCUCCAGGAAUGUGGUCUGGACUCUUCUCGUAGCAUCCACGUCAUCUGCUCUCCGGAUCGAUGCAUGAAAAUCUGCUCUGAUUUGGCCAAUGGACCUCGACAAGACCAGCAGGUGUUCCUAUGGGAACCUGUGCCUGACUGUUGUUGUCCGGAAACGUUUCCGACCAUGCUACAGGCUCUCAAUUCCGUCCAGGUACUUUCUCCAAACUGCCACGAGGCUGCUUUGUUUGUAGGUCUUCCUGAACCUACGACAGUGUCCGAAAUCGAGUCUCUAGUCUACGACUAUUGGGCUCCUCAUCUUGACAAGCUGAAAACGGUGUUUGUGCUGCGAUGUGGCAAGCUCGGAGUGUUGGUCUACAGUGACAAGAAGCUCAAAUGGUACCCUGCGUACCACCAGAGCUCGGAGAAGGUGAUUGAUCCCACUGGAGGGGGAAAUACAUUUGUGGGAGGCUUCCUGUACGGCUAUCUUGAGAGCGACGGAGACCUGGACACUGCUGCGUCGUAUGGAAACGUCGCAGCUGGAUUGGCAGUCGAGCAGGUUGGAGUUCCUCUUCUGACCUACCAACGCGGACAAGAGCUGUGGAAUGACACUACCAUCGAGCAGAGAUUGGACGUGUACGCUUCUUUGUUGAAGGCCAGCAACUAG